AUGGUUGCUGAAAAUAUGCGUGACAAUGAGACGAUUAUCGACACGGUGAUUACAUGGGGAAUGGUGGAAGGAGAUCUGCAAAAACAGUUCAAAACAAAAGCUCGAACAGGACCCGCUCGUAGUGCGAAACUGUUGAGUGGGGGAUACGUCUCAAAGAGUGCUCUUAUCACAUUCGAUUGGAGUGACGAACAGGAAAGAUUACCCAAGCGCGGAAUGAUCAAGAUCACGUCGAGUGCCGGGAUGAAAGCUCUUUCCGAGUUGAAUGGCGCCUUUCUGCGGUACGAUGAAAUGGCGACAUGCUUCUCUGACACCGAGUACAACUUCUACAAAAAUGCGCCACAAGUCGGUAUCCUCGAUGAGAUUCCGGUGCCGAAUUUCAUCGGUGGUCGACCCUUUGGAGUGGAUGGAGUGGAAGCAGGUUACACAAUCUUGGAAUUCCUCGAGAACGUCCACAAUCGUCAUGUUUUCCACGCGCUUUCUCCAAAAACGGCUACUGAAGCUGUGAAAAUGUUGGCAAGAAUUGCCGCAUACUCUCUUCGUCACCGAAAAGAGGCGCGAAUUCUCGCAGAGAACGAAGUCUUCGAAGAGUUUUUCUCUGAUUUUACAAGAGAUCAGAGAAUUCAAGAGGGUUUCGAGGCGAUAGAAAGUCGAUGGCCCGAUCUGAAACCAGCCAUCGACGUGAUGAGAACCGAAUCAAAAGUGUUCACAUCGGCAAAGAAUUUCAAGAAUGAACUUGUGAAAGCGUGCAAACACGAGACGAUUGUACACGGGGAUAUGUGGCCCGGAAAUAUCCUUUUCAAUAAAUCAAAUGCAGGAGAUUACAGUAUUCGAGUGAUUGUCGAUUGGCAGACAAUGCACAUCGGAAACCCAAUGGAGGAUCUCACUCGACUUUUGUCCACCGGAUUGGGUGCUGAUGAGUACAGAAAUAGGAGAGAUUUCUAUUUGGAGACCUACUAUGAGACGCUAAAAGCCGAAACGAAAGGGGAAGAGCUUCCAUGGGAUUCGCUGGAAAAGCUAAUUGAAGACUACGAGAAAGCAUAUCCGUUGAUCGCAAUUGUUUGGAUUCCUCCAUUCAUCCUUGUCCUAGCUGAUGAUCACAUUCGAGAACAUUCGGAUGGCGAAGACGACGAUGUUCGCCUAAAAACCUUUCUCGACAAGUACAGACUGAUGAUUGAAGAAUCCGCAAAAUAUAUCAAAAAGUGGAAAUUA